CAAGCACUAAAACAAUAUGAGAAACUUUAAUUUAGCGGUGCCAUUCUCCGACUGUGAUGGUGGAAACCAAUCGGAUCACCGGAAAAUACCGUUUUCCGAUGUGAUAGUCACAAAACCUAGAGACCAAUUUUAUGGUCGAAAAUGGCAACCUAUAGACAUUCAAGUGGCAUUAUGGUUCACUUUUGUCCAUAUAUUAACCCUCUUUGCACCAUUUGCUUUCACUUGGGAUGCUUUUUGGAUUGCAUUUUCUGGUUACUUGCUUACUGGAAUUUUGGGUAUAACUCUUUCUUAUCACCGACUUUUGUCCCAUCAUAGUUUCAAACUCCCCAAAUGGCUCGAGUAUAUGUGUGUUUACUUUGGGGUCCUAGCUGCCCAGGGAGAUCCAAUAUUUUGGGUGAGCAUUCAUAGAUACCAUCACAAAUAUGUGGAUUCGAAUAAUGAUACACAUUCACCCGUUAAUGGAUUUUGGUUUAGUCAUAUGGGUUGGCUUUUUGACAGUGAAUAUAUGGUUGAAAAGUAUCGGGAACAUAAAAAUGUAGAGGAUUUAAAAAAUCAGACAUUCUACAUGUUUAUACGGAAAACAUACAUGUGGCAUUUAUUUGGAUGUGGUGCUCUCUUAUAUGCAUGGGGUGGAUUUACAUACCUGGUUUGGGGAAUGGGUGUUAGGACUGUAUGGGUAUACCACCUCACGUUUUUUGUGAACUCUGUUUGUCAUAUUUGGGGAAACCAAUCUUGGAAUACCGGAGAUCUCUCCAAGAACAACUGGUUGUUAGGAGUGUUUUUUUUCGGAGAAGGAUGGCAUAAUAAUCAUCAUGCAUUUGAGUAUUCAGCUCGACAUGGAUUUGAGUGGUGGCAAAUAGAUGUUACUUGGUACAUUAUAAAGUUUCUUGAAGGAGUAGGGUUGGCAACCAACGUCAAAGUGCCAACCGAAGCCCAAAAGCUUAAAAAAUCCAAUUUCAAUUCUAUUAAUAAAUUCAAAUGACUGAGCGUUUGUUUAUAAUAUAAAGCAUACCUUUACAAAAAAUAAAUAUUGGAACUUGAUAAUUCUAUAUGUAUCGAU